AACGACUCAACGAUUUCAUUCAAUUGUAACCAGAAUUAUGAGUUAUGGUAUGAAAUUUUGAAAUAUAUUUUGAAUAUUGCUUACCUUGGAAUUGGCCUAUUCCUUCAUUUAUCCAUUCUCAAAACUAUUUUAUUUGUGGAACGAAAAACUUUUAGUAGAAGCUCAUUUUUCCAGAUAUAUCUUUUAGACUCAAUGACGAGCUCCUAUCUCCUUCUUGCUGACAUCUUCUAUGUCCGCCUAUUCAUGUACAUUCCUCCACUGUGUGCAAUCAUUAUGCCCCUAUUUUUCAAUCCAUCUUUCAUCCCAAAACUAGUUUAUGCCACUAUGAACCACUGCAGAUUCGCCAAAUCGAUCGCUCAAAUUUUUUUGGUUCUAAACAGAAUGAGUUGUGUUCUGGUGCCAACUGAUUAUGAGUCGCUUUGGAGAAAACUGAUACCUAUCGUUCGAUUUCUAACGGCAUUUCUCCCAUUUUGUGGGACUUGGAAUAUUUGGAUUUCUAGAAUUUAUGUCUUCCCAGUAGGUGGUGGUUUUGCAAUGGAUUAUAUCAAAAAUGUGGAAUGGGCAGCUCUAUCUCUAUUCCAAUCGAUUUUUGUUCUAACCGCUUUAUUUUUCACCAUCAUCUGCACUUCAAUCACUUUGUACAAGCUAAUUUUCCUGCCAGACCGCAUGAUUUCAGCUGAAAAAUCUCUCUGUUUCACGAGUAUUUUCAUUUCCGGCUGCUUUUUGAUUGUUGGCGCUACACAGGUG